AUGGAGAACUCCGACGUGUUCGGCUCUUCCACGGCGCCGCUGACGUGGCACGACUUCCUCGAGCGGAUGCGCCACCCUUCCGCGGCCGACUUUGUCAAAGCCAUCAAAAGUUUUAUAGUGUCCUUUCUGAACAAUGCGCCGGAUGCCGAGAAGGACAGUGCAGCCGUGCAGGAAUUCCUGGGAAAUAUGGAAACGGCUUUCAGGGCCCACUCCCUUUGGGCUGGAUCUACAGAGGAGGAGUUGGAGAGUGCAGGUGAAGGACUGGAGAAAUAUGUUAUGACAAAAUUGUUUACUCGUGUAUUUGCUUCAAUUCCUGAAGAUGUCAAAGCGGAUGAGCAGCUUCAUGAAAAAAUGGCUUUGAUUCAGCAAUUUAUUAAGCCUGAGAAUUUGGAUAUCAAGCCAACAUAUCAAAAUGAAGCAUCAUGGUUGUUUGCUCAAAAGGAGCUUCAGAAGAUUAACAUGUACAAGGCGCCAAGAGACAAGCUAGUCUGCAUCCUAAAUUGUUGCAAAGUCAUCAAUAACCUGUUGCUAAAUGCAUCCAUUGCUUCCAAUGAAGAUCAUCCAGGAGCGGAUGAAUUUCUCCCUGUCCUAAUUUAUGUCACCAUAAAGGCAAAUCCUCCUCAGCUGCACUCAAAUCUGUCAUAUAUCCAACGAUUUAGACGACAAACUCGCCUGGUAGCCGAGUCAGCCUACUUCUUCACGAAUAUGCUCUCGGUGGAGUCUUUCAUUACCAAUAUAGAUGCAAAAGCCCUCUCGAUGGACGACGAGGAAUUUGAAAAGAACAUGGAAUCCGCAAAAGCCCUUCUUGUCGGCCUCUCUGAGAACUCAGACUACGAUGAAGGAACUGCUCAAACCCCGGAGGUAGAAGAAGGUGGUGGAAAGACUCAAUUGUGA